UUUAGAAAAGAACUUGUUUGAAACAAAACUUAACAGAACUUUAAGAAUUUUCCUGUAUGAAGUAUUUUUCUUAGGCGCAUUUUUCCAUUAGCUCAAGUAGAUCUAAACGGAAAAUGUGUUUAUUUUGACUACUAACCUCACUUAGAACUGUCAGGUGACGUGUUGAUAUUCUGGAUUUUAUAAUUUUUCAAUUUAUUUUACAGCAAUAUCAUGGAUAUCACGCUUAUGUUUUUAGCGCACGUAAAAAUGGUACGUACUACCAAUAAAUCUCUUGGUAUUAUUGACAAAAAACCCAGUACAAAUAUAUUGAAAUCAAAAAAAGAUGGGAAUCUUGCAAAGGCAAAGGAAGUAGUGAGACAGUUAACGCACCUCAGACAAUUCCUCAUAGACAACAAAGCUGCCUAUUUAAAUAUAAUGAAUUACCUAUCGACAAAUAGAACGAUGACUGAAAUCGAUAGGGAACAAGUAGAAUCGGUGGCUGAAGAUAUAGUUCAUAAGUGUAAAAGUAUUAUAAAUGAUUAUAAGAAAGAAAUUGCUACAUUAAAAAAGACAGAACAGGUCGAAGAACAUUAUAAUGCUGUUAUAGAAUCUUUGGAAAAAUAUUUACGAGAGGUUUCUAAAGUAUACACUGAAGCUAAAGCUAUAAGAGUAAAAAGAGUUAUUGAAGUCCAUAAUCUCUCCAAACUUGGUCCAACCAAAAGAAAAACUGAUGAACGAAAUGACCUUUUUCAUAGCGCAAGUGAUGAUGAGGAUGCUACUCAAGUAAAAAAGGUAAUAAUCCCAGAGGUACUCAAUAUUCCCAAUGUCGAGGAAGAAUUAUCUAGCGAAGAAAUGCAAAUGUUUCAAGCAGAAAAUGACACCCUUUACAAUGAACUGAACAGUAUGUCUGAUGAGGUUAAACAGAUGGAAAGUAAGAUUGUUCACAUAGCUGAAUUGCAAGAGUUAUUCUCAGAGAAAGUGUUGCAACAGGAAGGUGAUAUAGAUAGAAUAGCAAAUGUGGUUGUUGGUUCGACUGAACAAAUCAAGGAUGCAAAUGAACAGAUACGUCAAGCAAUUCAAAGGAAAGCUGGUUUACGAGCUUGGGUUUUAUUUUUCCUCUUAGUUAUGUCCUUCUCUCUACUAUUUUUAGAUUGGUAUAAUGAUUAAAUUUUUUAGACUAA